AUGGCCCCACGUGCAGUAGAAGUAGUUUGUCUUCAUUCAGCCACCGUCUCACCAGCGUUACGGAGUAUUUUGUCCUCUGACGUUGCCGCGCUAGAUAUUAGUCACCGAGUUCCAGGCAGGGGAACGUGUGUUUUCCGGGGGCCGGCGGGUGUCACCGGCACCAUGGAGUCGCCUUUUACUCCAGGACAGCACCUCUCUCACAGGCCAGAUGAAGACUGGGAUUCUACUUUGUUUGCUGAACUUGGUUAUAUUAUGGACGCUGAUGAAUUGCAAUUGGAUGCAGUAAAUGAAACUUAUGAAACCAAUUUUGAUAGUCUUGAUUUUGAUUUGGAUUUGAUGCCUUGGGACUCAGGCAUUUGGAGCAUCAACAACCAAUUCUGUACAGUUAAAGAUAUUAAGGCAGAACCUCAGCCACCACUUUCUCCAGCCUCCUCCAGUUGUUCAGUUUCAUCUCCUCGGUCAGUAGACUCUUACUCUUCAACUCAGCAUGUUCCUGAGGAGUUGGAUUUGUCUUCCAGUUCCCAGAUGUUUCCCCUUUCUUUAUAUGGUGAAAGUGCUAAUAGUCCCUCUUCAGUAGAGCCACUGAAGGAAGAUAAGCCCAUUAUUGGUCCCAGGAAUAAAACCAGAAAUGGGUUGACUCCAAAGAAAAAAAUUCAGAUCAAUUCCAAAACCCAAUUUCAGCCUAAGCCUUUAUUGCUUCCAGCAGCACCAAGAGUCAAAACCAACUCCAGUGUUCCAGCAAAAACCAUCAUUAUUCAGACACUACCAACACUUAUGCCACUUGCAAAGCAGCAGCCCAUUAUCAGUAUACAACCUGCACCCACUAAAGGUCAGACUGUUCUGCUCUCUCAGCCUACCGUGGUACAACUUCAGGCUCCUGGAGUUCUGCCCUCUCCUCAGCCAGUACUUACUGUUGCAGGGGGAGCCACACAGCUACCUAAUCAUGUGGUGAAUGUGGUACCGGCCCCUGUGGCGAAUGGCCCAGUGAAUGGAAAACUUUCUGUGACUAAACCUGUCUUACAAAGUACCAUGAGAAGUGUGGGUUCAGAUAUUGCUGUGCUAAGGAGACAGCAACGUAUGAUUAAAAAUCGAGAGUCUGCUUGUCAGUCUCGCAAGAAAAAGAAAGAAUAUAUGCUAGGGCUGGAGGCCAGGUUAAAGGCAGCCCUUUCAGAGAAUGAGAAACUGAAGAAAGAGAAUGGAUCACUGAAACGGCAGCUGGAUGAAGUUGUUUCAGAGAACCAGAGGCUUAAAGUCCCCAGUCCAAAGCGAAGAGCUGUCUGUGUGAUGAUAGUAUUGGCAUUUAUAAUACUGAACUAUGGUCCCAUGAGCAUGUUGGAACAGGAUUCCAGGAGAGUGAAUCCUGGUAUGAACCCUACUAACCAAAGGAGGCAUCUUCUGGAAUUUUCUGCUAAAGAGAUACAAGACACAUCAGAUGGUAUCGUCCGAAAAAACAGCUACAGAUAUGAUCAUUCGGUUUCAAAUGACAAAGCCCUGAUGGUGCUAACUGAAGAACCACUACUCUAUAUUCCUCCACCUCCUUGUCAACCCCUAAUUAACACAACAGAAUCUCUCAGGUUAAAUCAUGAACUUCGAGGGUGGGUUCAUAGACAUGAAGUGGAAAGGACCAAGUCGAGAAGAAUGACAAAUAAUCAACAGAAAACUCGUAUUCUUCAGGGUGCUCUGGAACAGGGCUCAAAUUCUCAGCUGAUGGCUGUCCAAUACACAGAAACCACUAGUAUCAGCAGAAACUCGGGGAAUGAGCUGCAAGUGUAUUAUGCUUCACCCAGAAGUUAUCAAGACUUCUUUGAAGCUAUCCGCAGAAGGGGUGACACAUUUUAUGUUGUGUCAUUUAGAAGGGAUCACUUGUUGUUACCAGCUACCACCCAUAACAAGACCACAAGACCAAAGAUGUCAAUUGUAUUGCCAGCAAUAAACAUAAAUGAGAAUGUGAUCAAUGGGCAGGAUUAUGAAGUGAUGAUGCAGAUUGACUGUCAGGUGAUGGACACCAGGAUCCUCCACAUCAAAAGCUCGUCAGUUCCUCCCUACCUCCGAGACCAGCAGAGGAAUCAAACUAAUACCUUCUUUGGUUCCCCUCCAGCAGCCACAGAGGCAACGCAUGCUGUCAGCACCAUCCCUGAGUCAUUACAAUAGGGCCCUGGGGCUGCACUGGAAAACAAAGAGCAGGACCCCACCAAACCUGAGAACGGUGGGAGAAAUGCAUCUUUCCUGCCUUCUUGGUGGCAAGAAAAGAACUGCCUAGUGAUGGAGUUCACCGGGAAGAGAGGGAAAAAAAAGGAACUGCCUUGUUUUUCACUAUCUACCCAUCUGCUUGGAAGGCACUGGCAUUCAAACGCAAGUGAACAGCAUUUUUCCAGUGGCAGAUUCAGUCCAGCAUCCUCCAGUGUUACUUGGUGUAGUGUUUUUGUUUUUUGUUUUUUUUUCUUUACCUUUCAAAACAGCUUUCCCUGCUGUAUUUCUUUUGUGUUUAAAUCAUAAUCUUUCAAAAAAGUUCUGCUUCCCCUCCUUUCCAUUUCACUUGCUGAUACAGUAAAGUGAUUUUUAUUUAAAGCUAUCUAGUGCUCAGAUAGAUACUCAGAUGUUUCCACUGAUCGGAUUUUUUUAAUUCAUUAAUGCAGAUCCAUUCUGGAUAUUGCCCAUAGCCAGAAACAAGUUUCAGAAGCACCCCAAAAAGAGUCAAAACAAUUUGGAGCUUUAGGGAAAAAGGAGUAUCCGCAGUUGGUAGAGUUUAUCUUUACUUGGGAUCUGUGGUUCACACCUGACACUGCACACAGUUAGUGGGUAGCCAACUUGAGAGAAUGAAGUGGUUGGGAAGGGUCAGUGGUGGGAUUUUGAAAGAAGAGAUAGCUCAUUUAUACAUGUGUUUUUAAACAUUAAAAGUUUGAUAUGAUUGCAGUUUAAGAUUAAAACCACAGCUAUUGUUUAUUUUGAGGAUGCUGGGCCACUUAGGUCUCUAUUAAUAGUGAGGAUCCUCAAGGACCACAGGACAGAUACUUCAUUUUAAUUAUGCACACCUACCCCUCUGUACAACUUCUGUUAAUAUGAUACCAAAUUCAGCUAAGGAGGAACCUAAGCAUGGUUUUAUAAAGCAAGGCAAGAGUUUUUUCUCUUGAGAAAUUGUCCAGUUUUUUUCUGUAAGAUUAUGUAGACAUGCAGUUUGGAUUUCUGCUGGGGGAGUGCAUCCCAUCAUGUGGCAAUGAUUUUCAUUUUCUCCAGUGAAAAGACAGUGAAGGAAUUGGCUCUUUUGUCCUCCUAUAUUGAAAAUGCAACUACUGUGUUCACUAGAUUUUACUGCACUCUGCCUACUUUAUUCCCCAUAGUGGACAAUUAAAUUUCAUUGGGUGAAUUCAUAGAAAUAGAUAACAGGCAGUGCAUCCUCUCUGACAUUUUAUCUUCAAUUUCUUGAGUCUUCCUCCCUCUCCUUUUACAAACUUUUUGGUUUCUUGAUAGUCUUCUUAGUCUAAUUGUCCUGUCUUUGUCGGAUUUCUUCCCUUUCCUUUCCACACUAUCUCAAUCAAUUCCUCUUCCUCCUUGCUGGUUACAUGCAGCUGGUUAGUUUUCUUCUUGUGAAAUUAGACUUGGCUUCUAAAUAAUUUUGAAGAGUCACCCAUGCUUCUAAUUCUCUGGACAGUGACGUUUCUGUGCCCAAGGUAGUUAGAGACUUUCCAGGGAAAUCAGUUUAACUUUUGUGAGGGAAAAUAAGGACUGUUUUACCUGGGAAUCUGGAGUUUGUCCACAUGUACAAACUGUUUUAUGUCAGUGCAGCACUCCCCUCUGAUUUGGCAAUCCUGGAUGAUUUUCAUACAAGAAUCAUUUUCCCUUGGGACCACUCUUACCUCUGAUGGAUGCCAAGGAAUAGAAGGCAAAUGCCUGGAAGGUCUUUAGGUUACAGGCCAGUCCUUUCAUGGGCUAUAUUCUCUUGGCCCUGCUCCUUCCUGUUCUAUUAAGUGAACUAGCCAAAGAAGAGCUGUGACCAUGGCUAAUGGGCCCUAAGCUCCUAAUCUUCUGGGAGCACCAUAAGUUAUCAUAGCUGAUAUAAACACCUCCUUUGCACUGAAUCACACAAGAAGUAACCAUUACAUGGACUUAUUAUUUUUAGCACUUCAUUUUUACUUUAUCCCUCUAUUUCCAACUUUCCCAUGGUUCUUUUACCAGCACAUCAGACUGAAGACUUCAGUUAUGUCACAUCGGCCAACCUUAAUCCCUCUCUUAUGGGUGAGUGUGGAUGGUGGUUCGGAAGGAGUCAUAAUCAAAGUGUUGGCAGGUCAUAGUGGGCUCCCCCCCCCCCCCCCAGUUAAUGUUUGUGUGCUAGCACAAGGCCCUUUAGGAAUAUGGAAAGUUGCUGUGCCGAUUAAUAAAUUAAGCUUCCUUCGUGGCUUACUUUUUUGGCAAGAUUGCCUUUUGGGGAUUGCAGCCAGGAAUUGUGGGGGAUACAUACAUGCGUGCAUACAUAUUACAUAUAUAUAUAUACACACACAUAUAUAAUUUUUUUUAUUUAUUACGUUUUUAAGUGGGAUCUUGCAAGCUUGUGUGAAAUUAGAUAAACUCCUGAAGGGGGCUAAGUCUCACACAUUAUUAGAUGACCUUGUGCUCUUUGGGCUAACAAUGCUACAAUUUUGGGAAGUGAUGAUGGGGACUGAUGGAAACAGUUUUCCUGCCUGGUUGCAAGCCCCUAAAUGUGAGUAAGUGGAUAAUUCCUCAUCUAACUACUGAGCCAGAGGUGAGGAGCUUCUUUCCCUUGGGGGUUAACUGGCGGGUCUGCAUCCCAGCACAACAGGGAUCCGCUUUCAUUAGAAUGUUGGUAAACAGCCUCCUUCCUAAAUUAGGAGUUUGUAAAAGGAUCAAUCUUGAAACAAGUAUGUUGUUUGCCAUGCUGAUAGAAUAGAAACUUUACAUUAGAUUAUUGGGUGGAGUUUGUGUUUUCAUAAGUAAAAAAUCCCCCAUUAUAAAAGCUCAGAACAUCUUCUAAUUGUUUUCUUUUUUAACGACUACAAGUUCCAGCACAAAGCUGGCGUUUCUUUGCCUUUCCUUGUUAGCAAGUAGACAUGGAGGUAUUUGAAAGCAACAAUGUUAUAUGAGUCAUUCUCGAGUGUUCUGAAUAAACAUUACUUGGAAACAGACAAGGAACUUGGGAUUCAAGCUGAUUUUUCUACUAUUUUUUUAAAGAGACACUGCCGUCAUUAAACUUUCUUGGCCUUCUUCCUCCUGGGCCCUGAUAAGACACUACUGCAGCUGUGGCAUUUAGAGUGAUUAAAGCUGGGGAACAAUCGAGCUCCUUGUAACUUUCGCACUAUCUUCUGAUUCCUGCCAUUUUACUAAACUCAGGUUGUGAAACUUGGCAGAAAAAAUGUCACAGGAUAAAAUUUGUAUUUGACUUUCUAAAACAUUGAAAGGUUUCAAAGCAACUUCCACCUUCAACAACUUAUUAAAAGUAAUCACUUUUACUUUCACGACCUAAAAAGCUUGAGUAUGAUCGGAUGCCCCCGUUCAGUCUGACCUCAUGGAAAUUUUCCGUCCAUGAACGCUCUCUUUCCACUGCAUACCAGUGGCUGACUCAGCUUCCUUUAGCACAUGUGUAGGAACUGAACUUCAAAUGAAACCUUUUCAUACUAUUGCGUAUUUCAUAUGAUUUAAUCUCUCUUAUGGAUUUUUGGUAAAAUUGAUAGAAGCUUAUUACCACCCGUGGGCCCCUUAUUCCUUACCAAAAUGUCCUCAGUCCCAAGACAUUUUAAUUUACAAAAAUUAGGAGCUUUGCUGCUAAUAUGAAUACCAACUACAACUAUUACUUUAAAAACAAGAAUAGAACCUAAAAGAGAGAGAAUAAAAUGUAAGAAACUUUCAUUUCUACCCCUAAUAGCCUAUUUACAUGGGAGGAAUUCCUGGUUUGUUUUCCCCAGGGGUAGAGGAGUUGUGGUUGAUUUUUAAUUCUCUAGGAAACAGAAUACUGGACUACCCAACAAGAUGUUUCUGGAGUCCAAAUGGAAUACUAUGCACAUGAAGAAAUGAAGCUUUCUCCUACCUGGAUAAAGAAACCAGAAUGUAUACUGUUAACUUAUAUUUUUAAUGACUAAGCUUAAAUCAAAUUUUAUUUUGGAUAAGAAUAAAAGUUUCAGCAGUUUUUUCUAGUAUCAUUGUUAUCUGUCAAGUGUAACUGAAUUUAUGAAGAGUAUCUGAUCAGGAAAUUUAUCCUAAGUAUCAAUCAUGAAAUGGCUAGCCACUGUCAAAUAGUGGAUACCAUUCUCAACACACUGGUUUACUAACUUCAUGUGUUAGGGAUUCAACACCUUAAAAGAUUUAAUUAUAUUGGGCUUGGGAACCAAGGAAUAAAGAAAUCUUAGCUUAUCAUUUGCCAAGGUCAACAACACGCGUCAUACUAUUGCGUUUACCCCCAAUGAAGUUUGUGACCAUCAAAUAAAUAAACCAGGUGACUUGGCAUGUCCCCCAGGCUAGUAAUCCCAGAUAGAAAUUAGCAAGUUGACUUUCACAGUAAAUACAUCUUUAACCAUUUUAAUUCCCACUGAGCCCUAAUUUCCAGGUCAGUCACCUGGAUAGAGGAGAUAAUGGGGAUCUAGAUCUUUAAAUGAAAACUGCUGUACACUACUGGUCUUGGAGGUAUUAGCUUCUUGUUCUCACCAUGUUGAUGAGUAAGUUUGGGCUAAACCAACCGUGCUUCACUCAUGGAGCCGAGACAGCCUGAGAAAAGUGGUUAGAUGUGCCGCUUUGCCCGGAUUUUUUCUCUAAGGUUGUAUCCAUGCUAAAUUAAGAAUGUAUUAAAGAUGGGAGGAAAGAUAUACCAUUCUCUCCCUUAAUAUUUAUGUUGCUUGCAAUACCUGAAGAAACAAUGGCAACAGACUAUUCCAUGCUUUCAAGCAAGUCUUGAUAAUACGAUAACUGUUCUUUGUCUAAAAUAAAAUAAUUUUUAAACUUGC